GCAGCCUCCACGCCUGCACUGCGGACAGGAUGAGGGAGGCUAUCCCGACGAAAGUGAUGAAGCUGCAGGAAGACUCCGGUCCCCACUCGUCCACGAUGAAGCGCUGCUUCGACACGUGGACGACCAAUCAGAAGAUGGAGGUUUGAGUUCAGCUUGUUGCAGCUCCACGACAAGACCCUCUCUACCAAUGAGUGCAUCACUUCCUGACAAGAAGAACGAGAACCCCAGGAUGUCGUCGGCUGUAAAAGAAACAACAGAGAAGAGCAGGGAUCAGCGACACAUGUUGAAGAUCAGCGGUCACCAUGCUGAGUUUUACAGAGCUAACACUUUGUCAUAGCCAUCGUGCAACGACCACAUCUUCAUGGCUACCGGGCUAAGCAGCUUAUGAGAGGUCCUUCAGGAAACUGUUCGUCCAAUCCCUCUCCCCCUGGUCCUGGACACCCCCCCUGCAGGAUAACCAGGUCCUUUCUCCUGAUCUUCCUGUCUCCCACUCUUAAUCUCUUUGGACUUUAGAGAAAAAAACUGAGAAAAGGAGAAAACAAAAUGGCGGUCCUAAGAGUGACGUUUACCAAAACCAAGAGGGACAAGUUGGCCCAGGUCCUGUGGAUCCUCAACUGGAUCUCAGUGGUGACCGGGGCCAUCUUGUUCAGUCUGGGUCUCUUCCUCAAGGUGGAGAUAAACAAGCGCAGAGAGCUGAUGGCUGACAGGGACAUACAGUACGUACCCAACAUGCUAAUAUCUGUAGGCCUCAUCGCCUGUGCCAUCAACUUCCUGGGUGGAAAGAUUUGUUACGAUUGUGCCGACAACACCAAGUUCCUGCGCUGGAAGCUGAUCAUGCUGCCCUACAUCAUAUUCACCUUCUUCUUCACCUUCUGCGUCCUGGUGGGGGCUCUGUUGUGCUACACCAUGCACGGAGAGCUGGAGGAGUCCCUGGACCAGGGCCUUACCGAGGCACUGAAGUUCUACAAAGACACGGACACACCGGGACGAUGUUUCCUGAAGCGGACUGUGGACAUGCUGCAGAUAGAGUUCAGGUGCUGUGGGAACAACGGCUACAGAGACUGGUUUCAAAUCCAGUGGAUCAGCAACCGUUACCUGGACAUGUCUCAGAGAGAGGUGGUGAAUCGAUUGAGGAGUAACGUGGAGGGAAGGUAUCUGUUGGAUGGUGUUCCAUUCAGCUGCUGCAACAUCAACUCCCCACGGCCGUGCAUUCAGCAGCAGAUCACCAACAACUCCGCCCACUUUAACUACGAACACCAGACGGAGCAGUUAAACCUGUGGAUGAAGGGGUGUCGACAGGCCCUGCUGGAGCACUACAGCUACAUCAUCCAGUCCAUCGGCCUGGCGGUCUUCAUCAGCUGGCUGUUUGAGCUCUCAGUGCUGACAGGGGUACGUUACCUACAAACAUCUCUUGAAAACAUGCUAAGGCACGGAGACCCCAACUCCGACUCUGAUGGUUGGCUGCUGGAAAAUGGCCUGAUGGAAACAGCCCGCAUUAACUUGAACAUCAUCAAAAACCUGGGAAAGAACAACCAAAUAGACACUGCCAACAAUGGAGACCCCAAUAUAAAUGUCCCCUCCACGUCCACAGCUCACUAUGGGCCAGAUAAUGUGCCACCAAAGCAGACAUCUGAAGCCACCUGACCUCGGAACUGGAACCAAUGCUGGUCUGUACUGAAAACUCUGCCCUCAGUUUAUGCCUUUUUCAAUUUUCUCAACUAUCUAACAUGUAAUAAAUCAAUCUUAUAUGAUGCAAACAACAAGAACAUCAUCACACCACAACAAUGUGUACAACAGAACACAUCUGUAUGCAACUGUACUGUAAUCUGUUUACAAGACAUAUUUACUGUUGCCUCAAUAUUGUUGUUGUUUUGUUUGUUUUUUUGCGGAACUUGUGAAAACUCUCAUUUGUUUGUUUGGUUCUUAGUUGCAGGGCUGCAAUGACAUGGACUCAAACUGCAGCCAGUGAUACUUACCUGUAGAUUUAAAUCAUUGAAACCCGGUCCAUCUCACUUAGUUUCCUUCUUCUUCAUCUAGAUGUGAAGCCAGAAGUUCUAGUUCGACAACUUUCAAUAUUAAAAAUAAACAUCUCUGGAUAUUCCAGAAAGCUGGUUAUGUGAAAACUAAGUAAGUUGUGAGUAAGUUAAGCCCGAGACAGUCACCAUGGUAACAGACUCUGUGAACAGAACCUGCUUUACUUGAAGAAACCCCGAGUUUCUGCCUGUCUCCUCCCAUAUGAAGAGCACUGUUUGACAUUGAUUGUCCAUUCAUUCCAAAUCCGAGUAAUACCGAAGCAGACAUUAUUCGAAAUUUUUUUGUAAGAGAAUCUUCCAACCCAGAUCAGAUGUUCUAUUAUUUCUAGAGGAAUCUCUGUUCGAACGCUACCACUUUUCAUUAAACUGUAUAAUUUAUGUUGAUAACAUUCUCCAGCCAUACGUCAACAAUCUCACACAGUGUGGACUGUAAUGACUACUUCCUGCAUGCGGGGUCACUUCCCUUUUCAACGGUGUGGUUCUCUGACUUGACAGUGAUGAUAAACAGUCCGAUGUCGGUAAGCGCUGAUGUUCCUAAAAAAAUUUUUUAUAUACAUAAGGCCUUCUCCCGUAUAUCCUGUCCAAUGACCUGUAAUAAAACAGUAGUCGAA